AUGGGGGACAUGGAGUUUGCUAAAGCUCAUAAUUUUUGUGGUUGUGCGGUGGCGGCCGCACACUUGCACAUUAAAAUGGGGGACAUGGAGUUUGCUAAAGCUCAUAAUUCUGCAAUUUUUCUCGAAGACCCUCCUGCAGUCCAUAAUGACUUGAAAUUCAUUGUGGAUGGCUUGAAGAAAUCCUGUUUGGUUCAUGCUCUAACUACAAGUCCUGCUAUCUACCAAAGUUUGAUUAAGGAAUUCUGGAGGAAUGCUGUUUUAAAGAAGAAUGGUCAGGGGGGAAAUUCGUUGAAGCAACAAUCGAAGACAAGAAAAUUCAAUAUUAGAGCAUAUGGGAUACGAGGGAACUUUUCCUCCUACAAUUCCUGGAUGUACUUGGCUCAUGUGUUCGUGAGCUGCAUUUCCGGCCGGAGAUCAGGAGCAAACGAGAUUUCUCUGGCCAACAUUGGUGCCAUUACAGCACUGGCGGCAGAGGAUGUUAGAAAAGAAUUAGAAGAACAAUCAAUGCCGAUGAAAAAUGAAGAUAUUUCUCACUCUCCCUCCAAGCCUGUAGUGGAGGAGAUUCAUGACUCUCCCACAGCUUAUGUAGCUGAUGAGCAUGAUAAUCAGAAAGCAAAUGAUUCAAAAUAUUCUCGAGAGGAUGAUGACGAUGAUCUUUAUGAAGAUGUGGAAUUUUUAAAAGAAAUCAACUUUAUAGGAAUCAAUGACGACAUUCCAACAAACAUAGAGUUUGACCUUGGUGAUGAAGAUUUUGAUCCUUUUCUUGAUAUUCCCAGCAUCCAUGUUAAUAAAGUUAAUGAAUUUGCUUCUUUAGCAACCAAGACUAGAGAUGAAAGAAAUGUUUUCAAGAUUGUAUUCUCUACUUCGAAGCCCUUGGAGAUCGCACCAAGCCAAGGAGAUGUGACAUCAGAGAUUCCUCCCUCUGUGCUACUUAUCUCAAUUUCUGCUCCAAUCAGUUCUGACUCAACUGAACCUCAGACUUCCAUAAAAACAAGCCAACCUCUUGUAAGUCUGAAGGUACCUGGUGUAAGAUGUGCUCCUCAAGUCCUUUCAACAAUCACUACUACCUCUGCUCACUCUCCUCCAAAGCAAACAGAUGAAGGUCCAAGUACCAUAUUUGAGACUGGUGGAUCCUCAUCCAUUCCAGAAUAUUCUCCAACUCGACCUUCUCUUGAUGAAGCUUCUAUUAGAUUAGUAAAACAUAUGGCUCUAUCUAGUAUUUCCUCCUCACGCGGAAAAGGAAUAUCAUUCAAGGAGGGUCGAACAUGUGAUGACAAAUCUUCUUCGCCUGAUCUUCGAGAGGAGAUUGGGAUUCUCCAUCAAGAGCUUAUCGAAAAAUCAAUUCAGAUGGAUCAGCUUUCUGCAUACAUCUUUGAGCUCAGGGCGAAGGAUGAAGAAAAGACCAAACAAAUCAAUGAUCUACAAACGAGUCUUAGAUCUGUUCUAGCUAAUUAUUUCAAUCUCAAGAACAUCUUCUACGAUGCUUUUGGUGAAAAAGUUAAAGCCCUCUUCCAACAGCCUCAUGGAGUAGUUGAUCCUCCCUCUGUUCAAUCACCACCUACAAUUGAUGAUCCACCUAUCAACCCACCUGUUCCGAGAACAACUAAAAUUGUCAACAGGUUUGAAAAAGAACCAGAAGGAAGCAGAGCCAAAAUCACAAUCAAACAGGGCAACAGAAUCGUAACUGCAAAUCAACAAGAAGAGUCACAAUUGACACUCCUCUAA